UACACUCCGCCUCCUCACACACACACACACACACACAGAGAGAGUGUAGUAGAGGUUGUAUACAUACAGCACUACGGCCAUAAAAACUAUCGGAAAGAACAGCGCGUACCGCCAGUCUUGCCCAUUCUGCCGAGUCGGACACAUCGGUUUUGAGGAAAGGCCAAAACACAACAAGUUCGGUUGACAUUUUUUUUUUGUUGUCUUCUCGUGAAAAAAAAAAAAACUCGAUUACAAAAAUUAACUUUAGUUCGACGGUGGCGAGAGUUUCAUUCGCUGUGCUUUUUCUGAUUGGUUCGCUCCUGUUCGUUUAAUUUCAGUGUGUGUGUGCGUGUGCCUCCGUGAUAGAGCGCGAUUAGCAUGGCGCCACAGCAGGCCAACGUCGGAUCAACAGGUCCCAAAGAAAGAACAGGUGCUGAAGAUUGCGCAUCAGCUCGUUGCGGGAUGGACGCCGGCUGUCGUCACGAGCCCGACGGCUCUUGGAUUUGCAUCUGCACUCACGACUUGUCUCCCCAAAGACCCGAUGGAUCUUGCCCGCGCUUUGUCGUUACAGGACAACAUCAUCCGACGCCAAACAGAAAGACUUUGAUCAGCAUCCAGCGCAAAUCCACCGCACUCAACCAGACCGGACAUCACACGCAACAUCCGGUUAUCGAUCAACAUCCGAAUUCAAUCCCCACAUUACCCGGGUCACUUCCAGCGAUGGACGGCGAAUUGGAAACAUCGGUCAGCGCGUCAACGGCAGCCAUGACGUGGCUCGUUCCGGCCCUUGGCAUCGCCAUGGUAUUGACCAUCGUCGUGUGGUUGAGACGUCGGUUGGGCGAUAAAAAGAAAUCGAGACGGCCGACCACAUCGACGGCCGUCGCAGAGACCAGAGAUCCUCACUACCCGUCGUCGAUUGGCAAGCCGGCGCAAUUGAUGACGGUCGCAGAGAUGCCCGUCUGCCUGACAAAGAACGUCCUCCACCAGGAGCGCUUCACCAACAACCCGGAAUACGACUGGAACGCCGAUGGGGGCUCGACGGGAAGCGGCGCAGACACGAGCCACUUGCUCCAGCCGGCCAAUGGCAACGAUCAGUUCAAAUCGUUUGUCAUCAUCCGACCGGAAUGCAUCGAAUUGAAACAGGAAAUUGGAGAGGGCUGCUUUGGCAAAGUCUUCCGCGGCUCGCUGAGACGGCCCAACGGCGGCCAGCCGUCGUCGCAACAGCAACCCAACGAUGAAGCGGUGGCUGUCAAAGUUUUGAAAGCCGCAGCUGGACCCACCGCCCAGGAAGAUCUGCUCCAGGAAGCCGAAAUUAUGAUUUCCUUUUCUCAUCCAAACAUCCUCUCACUCAAAGGCAUCGUCAUCAACGAACCAAACAUCGGACCUUGGCUCGUGUUCGAGUACAUGGCGCUGGGAGAUUUGGCGCAGCUACUGCGAUCCGCCAACGGCAAUCUCUUUGCUAAAACCAAGACUCCCUACUCUUUAAAUCAGGACGACUUGCACUCGAUUGCUGGGCAAAUAGCAGACGGAAUGGCCUAUCUUUCAUCGCAGCACUUUGUCCAUCGAGACCUGGCCUGCCGCAAUUGUUUAGUAGGCGAACGGCCUCAAGGGGGCGGACUGGCCGUGAAAAUAUCCGAUUUCGGAAUGAGCCGAGACGUUUACACUUGCGAUUAUUACAAGAUCGGAGGUUCGCGGAUGCUGCCAGUUCGCUGGAUGGCACCGGAAUCGAUUCUUUACGGCAAGUUCACGCUGGAAUCGGAUGUUUGGAGUUUCGGUGUUGUUUUGUGGGAAGUGUUUGCCCUAGGAGUUCAGCCCUAUUACGGCCAUUCAAACGAACAGGUGGUUAAAUUGAUCCUUCAGGGGAUCCUACUGACACCCCCUAACUCGGCCCCACCCCUCAUUUGCCAGCUGCUGAACGGUUGCUGGAAAACGCAGCCGGCCGAUCGGCUGACCUUUGCCGAAAUUCAUUCCAAGUUGAAGCGUCACGCGCAUUCUUCAAACGAUCAAGAAACUUGGACACCAUCGGCCGUCACCUACGUCCAUCUGAGACACGACGACGACAUCGAUCAACUCGACCCCAACGUCGAAUACCUUCAAACACUGCCGGACCUGCCCGUCCACCAUUACACCAACACAUGAAAUGUUUUUUUUUUCUUCCUCCAAUUAAAAUCCAAAACGAGGACUUGCAAAAAAAAAAAAAAAAAAAAAUUAAUAUUUUGUUUUGAAUUGUGUGUGAAAAAACAAAACCCAGUCAUAUCUUCAAAACAGAUUUUUUCUUUUUUCUUUAUAAAAACAAACGAUCGAAGACGAAAAAAAAACUAACUAACUAAAACUUAUUUAAUUAUGUCUUACUGUUGUGCAUACGUAUUUUUUUACCUGGUGACGUUGUGUAUGUUGGUGUUGUCGCAAAAAAAAAAAAAGAAAAUUGGAAAAAAAAAGAAAGAAAAAUAUUUGAAAAAAAAAGACGCACGACGUGCACAGUUUUAUGUCGAUUUAAAAAAAAAAAACGAAAAGGUGAUCAAAAACACGAAAAUAAUGGAUAAUCAAAAAUUUUUUUUUUUAUGUUUGAGAUGAGGGGCAAAGAAAAAAUCAGCAUGAAAGGGGGGGGGGCUCAGGGGGAAAGGGACCUCUAACUUAUUCGGCUGGCUCUGAAUGCGUGUGGCUCCUUGUUGAUAUAUAAUUGGGUGAUGAAAAAAAAAAUAAUCAAAAUUUUUUUGUUACUUGACACCACAGGGAGGGGGG